UUCUUCCCGCUUUGCAUUGUGGGAUCGGUGUGCACUUCUCUCCCAUACACACACACAGACAGAAGAUGGACGCGGGUUUCUUCCGCGGCACAAGUGCUGAGCAGGACAAUCGCUUCAGCAACAAGCAGAAGAAACUGUUGAAGCAGCUGAAAUUUGCAGAAUGUCUGGAAAAGAAGGUGGAUAUGACCAAGGUGAACCUGGAAGUAAUCAAGCCAUGGAUAACCCAGAGAGUGACAGAAAUCUUAGGAUUCGAGGAUGACGUCGUCAUUGAAUUUAUUUUCAACCAGCUUGAGGAAAAGAAUCCAGACAGUAAAAUGAUGCAGAUUAACCUGACUGGGUUCCUGAAUGGGAAGAACGCCAGAGAGUUCAUGGGAGAGCUGUGGCCCCUGCUUCUGAGUGCUCAAGAAAACAUUGCUGGUAUCCCCUCUGCUUUCCUGGAGCAGAAGAAAGAGGAGAUUAAGCAGAGACAGCAGAUCGAACAAGAAAAGAUAGCCACUUUGAAGAAACAGGAUGAAGAAAAGGAGAAGAAAGAUAAGGAAGAUAAAGAAAAUAGAGACAAGGACAAAUCCAAAAGUCCAAAAAGGAAAAAAUCCCGGUCCUCUUCACCAAGACGACGCUCCCCUGUUAGACGUGACAGAAAGCGCAGUCAUUCCCGGUCACCUCGUCGAAGGGCGAAGAGCCCCGCUGUUACACCCCCCUCUCCACCAAAAAACACAGAGCCGCUUCUGCCAGAGCCUGAUCAAUCAGUGACCGUGACAAAUGACUUGCUCAUUCAAGAAGCUUCUUCAACAAGUGAUCUACUGAAGGAAGUCAAACCAGACUCUGUACUUGAAACAAAAGAAGCUUCUCCAGAUGGGCCCCCAAAGGAGGAAAAACCGAAACCAAAAGAAAAGGAGAGAGAGAAAGAUAGAAGAGAAAGAAACCGGCAUAGAUCUCGCUCCCGGUCUCGCUCCCGCUCACAUUCUCGCUCCAGAAGGCGACCCAGAUCCCGAUCCAGAUCCUACUCUCCUAGGAGGAGACCCAGCCCUAGAAGGCGUCCCUCACCCCGCAGGAGGAGUCCACCAAGGCGCAUGCCUCCCCCUCCAAGGCACAGGAGAAGCAGAUCCCCAGUCAGAAGGAGGCGUUCUCCUUCACCCACUUCAGGUAGCAGCUCUUCCUCCUCCUCAUCUCGAUCACGGUCUCCCCCAAAGAAGCCAGUGAAGCGCAUUUCCACAAGUCCACCCCGCAAGCCUCGCCGAUCGUCUCCUUCAGCUAGUCCCCCCAGGAGGAGGCACAGGUCACCCCCACCUCCCAGCCCUCCUCCCAAGGGUCGCAGAUCCUCCUCGCCUCAGCAGUCCAGCAGAGCAAGGAAGGGACGUGGUUCCCCUUCCCCUUCCAGAGCAUCAGCUCCAAAACGCAAAACUGGUCUAAAGGAUGAAUCUCCUGUCCCAAAACCCAGAAGAUCAGAACAAUCAGAAUCCGAAGAUGAUAAAGGUGGGAAGGGGGCUACAGCAGAUUCUGUACAACAGAGACGUCAGUAUCGCAGGCAGAAUCGGCAGUCUUCAUCAGACACUGGAUCUUCUUCCUCUUCUGAAGAUGAAAGGCCCAAAAGGUCAGCGGCGAGGAAUGGAGAGAUCAAAAAGCGACACCCACGCUCGGCUUCAAGGAGUUUGUCUCCUUCGAGGAGACGACAGAGAGAUAUGUCUCCCAGGAUGCCGCUUGGAAAGAGAUGGCAGUCACCAGUAACUAAAAGGCGAAGAAGAACCCCAUCUCCUCCAGGCAGACGCCGCCCCCCUUCCCCUCCUAGACGACGAAGAUCUCCUUCACCUCCACCCAGACGCAGGUCUCCUUCACCCCCACCACGCAGGCGCUCUCCUUCUCCAAGACGAUUCUCUCCCCCAAUUCAGAGACGCUACUCUCCCUCUCCCCCUCCUAAGCGAAGAGGGUCAGCAUCCCCGCCCCCAAAACGCAGAGCAUCUCCUUCCCCAGCACCAAAGCGCAGAACCUCCAGAUCCCCCCCUCCCAAACGCAGGGGCUCUCCGCCACCAAAGAGACAUUCCCCCUCUCCUUCACGACAGAGGAGAAGUCCCCCUGCUGGCAGAGCAAACAGAGACACGCGCUCCCCUCCUCUUCAAAGCAAGUGCCUCUCGCCAUCACCUGCUCCGCGAGGCAGGACUUCACGAGGGUCAGUGAGCCCACCUCCACGCAGAGGGCCUUCCAGCACACCGCCUCCUCCACCACCACCACAGCCACAGAGGCGCCAGCAGUCUCCAUCCCCGAGCACUAGACCCAUUAGGAGAGUGUCCAGGACCCCAGAACCUAAGAAGACAAAGAAGGCCUCACCAAGCCCUCAGCCUGUAAGGAGGGUGUCUUCAAGAUCAGUUUCAGGAUCUCCAGAACCUGCUCCAAAGAAGCAUUCAGCUGCCCCAUCAGCGUCCCGAUCUCCGUCUCGCUCAGCUAGCGGAAGUCCACCCCCACCGGUCAAAAAGGCCAAGAGCGCGUCGCCCAGCCCAUCUCCUGCAAAGAACUCUGACCAAGAAGCUGGUGGUAAAAAGAAAAAAAAGAAGAAAGAUAAGAAACACAAGAAGGAGAAAAAACACAAGAAGCACAAGAAACACAAGAAAGAAAAAGCAGCAGCAACAACGACCGCUGCAGAUGCAGAAACUACUGUCCCGGAACCUGAAGCAGAAGGGGAUUCAGAUCCCAAAAAGCAUUCAGACAGUGAAGCCGAAGACAACCUUGAUGAUUUAGAGAAGCACCUAAGGGAGAAAGCACUGCGAUCCAUGCGGAAGGCUCAGACGUCCCCGUCCCCAUCACCAUCACCGUCACCGUCAUGAAGGCCCUGGAUGUUUCAGUGUAUAUUGAGUUUGUUUUGUUAACAUGAUUGAUCUUUCGAAUGUACUAUUGUGAUGUUCACUCCCAGAAUUUAAAGUUUUGUCAUGUUAAUCUGAUGAGACCAGAAAAAUGUCAGCAGUGUACUGGUGACCUCUUCCUUGUAAAAGUGAAAGGAAACUGUCUUCCAUAGAUGGAGGUUAACGUGUUUUUAGAAAACAAUAACUUUAAAACCAGGAAUGCAUUACGUUACUGUUUUUUAGAUGACGUCUUGUGCGAGAUAGCAUGCAUACAUACAUACGUACAUACAUACAUGCACGCACCACUUCAAUUACAAAUAUUUACUCCAAACCCAGUUAGUCACAGGUAAUUUACUGUUAAUGUGUUGAGGUGGUUUAGUUCAAGAAGCCAUGAAUUGUAACUUAGAUUGUAUCGGGUACUCAAAGCAGUCAAAGCGGUUACACUUCUUAAACUCUCCCAUUUGUAAGACCUCCUUACGAUGUCUGCUCACAGAUUUGAAUUGCAGUUCAAGAAUUUACAGAAGGAAUUUGAAGAGCACAAAAAAAUGACAGUUUUGUAUCCCACAUAGACAGAUAAUAGCAGAGCAGUCCUAUCAAUGCACUGGAUUGUGUAUAGAUACAGCAAUUCAGAAAGGUCACUUGUGUUUUUGUUUAUUUGGUGCUCCUUAUUCUAAAAUAGUUGACCCCUGAAGCUUUUAAUCUGCUCCAGUAAUUACUUUGAUAUCUGCCUCUGAUUGUUACCAAAUUGAUCUUUAUUAGGUACUCUACUAUUGAGACAUGGUAGGCAAAGUAAUGCUGGUGCAGGUUACACCUUUAUUGUGAAACACAUUGGCUGAGAACACUGGACCUUUUUAUUUUAUUUAAUGUUUAUGCUGGCAUUUUUAUAUAAGGAUUUAAUUGGGAGAGGAAUAUUGUUCCUUGGGAACCGUUUACUUUGUAUGUUUGCUUUUGUAAAAACAUCAAUUGAUAAAUGCCAGUUAAGUAUUUAGUUAUUGCGAUUGUUCCAACAUCAACAUUUUAUUUUCAGUGCUGUUGCCUGUGGGAGUUUAAUAGACCUGUAAUUGAAUAUAAUGCUCUUGUCAUCUUUUGAACUUUAAAGGUUUUUUUUUUUUUUUUAUAAACAUUGUGGUUUGAAUGGAAAUUAAAUUUCUAAAUUAAAUAGAAUGGGUCUUG